AUGGAGCGAACUCUAGCCCAUGUUCCGUCAAUGGAACUAUCCACAGAGGCUCUUCUUGUCACUGGUGGAUUGGAUAAUACUAACAAGAUGAUCACAUCAUCGGCAGUCAGAAAUGACGACGGUACGAUGAUCAGCCAACAUAGCGAGAAAGUCUCGUACGGCACCAGCGGGGCACCGGAUGGUUCCACGCCGCCGGUAACGGCAGCCGGUGGAGGCAGCGAAGGCAACGGCAUCGGCGGCGGUGGUGGUGUUGGCGGUGGCAUGAUCGGGGACGGCACUGGACAUUCGGUCGGGUCAUCGGCCAGCGGGAACGAUGAUGAUAAACCAGCAAAGCAGAAACGACAUCGUACUCGAUUUACUCCAGCCCAACUCAACGAACUGGAGAGAAACUUUGCCAAGACGCAUUAUCCUGAUAUCUUUAUGAGGGAGGAGAUUGCGAUGAGGGUUGGUUUAACCGAAUCACGAGUUCAGGUCUGGUUUCAGAACCGCAGAGCAAAGUGGAAGAAACGCAAGAAGACCACAAAUGUAUUCCGUACCCCAGGGGCACUUCUCCCAUCUCACGGCCUCGCUCAGUUUCCGUCACCUAUGAACGACUCCUUCUGCAAUUUCCACGGCCAGGACACACGAGGCUGGCCGGCGAUGUCGGGUAUGACAACACACAUGGCACCGCAUAUGACCACCCACAUGCCCUCACAUCAAAUGUCCCAAAUGGGUGGUGGACCAGGUACGGCGCUGGCCCUGCCCCCAUCAAUACCCCGCCAAGGUUUAGGGCAGAGCAUGCAGCAGCAGACCGUCAACUGUUCCAUGGGGCAAAGCACAGGCCUCAACACCCUCUCGAUGGGAACUAACGGUUCCAUGGGCUCAAUGACGUCGAUGUAUCAACCUUCGCUGGGAGGAAUGACAACGGGAAGCAUGUCCAGCGGCUUGUCCAGUCCGUCCCCGCCGAAUCUCCCCGUGUCCGACAGCUCGACCGAUCUCUCCUGCAGUGUAUCAGAUGCGGGUGAUAUGUGGAGGGGGACUAGCAUUGCAUCGUUACGCCGGAAAGCUCUCGAGCAUGCCGCCUCCCUCAAUGGAAUCUUUAGAUGAUUUUCUUAAAACCUACAAAUUUAAAUUUAAUUUCAUCAGUUACAUGCGUUGCAACGUAUGCUUGGCAUAAAGAGGCUGUACAAAUUUCUCAUCGUUAUUUAUCACAUUCUGCAGUGACUAUGUAUUAUAUAAGAUUAGAAAGAGAUAGAAUGUCAUCGAUAUCCGAUUUGCCAUUCAAACGAGAAAGGACUCAAAGGAAAUGCAAAUGUGAAUAUUGAUGCGACAUAAAUUGUGUGAAUUGUUUUACAUGGCUCAUUCCUCUGAAAUGAUUAAAAGCAAAUAUUCUCAGCUAAAAAUACAAAAGGUUUUCAGGGUACAUUAUCGAUUGUGUCAAUUAUAAUUGUUCCAAGAGAAAAAUGCCGCAGAAAUUUCAUCGUUGUUCAAUCAGAUCUAAUCUUGGUAUCAAGAUUAGAUAUGAACGUAUCUGCAAAGAACAAUUUCGAAAUAAAAGUGUUUUUUGAUAGAAUAAACAUUUAUCUCACUCUCUAACAGAAAAGAUACUAUCAAUUACCAUAUCUUUUAAAUCUGGGUAUCGAAUGGAGGGGAUCGUCACUCUCUGAUAUCACUCGGGCAAUUUACUCCUAUUAGAUAAGGAGAUAAAUCAAACCAAAAUAUUGUUGAUGUCAGAGUGGAUAGUGGAGCGCGAAGCACAUGAAACAUGGAGUAUUCACAUUGCCCAAGGGAACGAUUUCAUUCACAGAUCCACGACGUGUUGAAAGAACAUCGUGUACAAAACGCGGGAAAAAUGGGGCAUAAAUUCUCGCCGUGAAGAAACUCGUAAAUUAUGUUGCCGCUUAAUGGGUGAGCUUAUUCUUAAUGUCACGACGAUAUAUAUUUCACUCGUUAAAAUCAAAGAGAUAUGGAUGUGAACUAGCAUCGCCUGUUUUUCGAUCCAGAUUUCUAGUGAUUUAUAUCAGUUACCUAAUUUCGUAAUAAUAAAGAAGAAAUCCUUUUCGUUUUGAAUUAUUUUAGCGAUUUAGAAAUACUUGUGCUGCCUAACUACGGUAUGUUAAUUUAUAAUCCAAGAAAUCAAAUUCAUAAAAAAAUAUCUACCAAUAUUCCUAACAUGUCUAACUUAAGGCGACCAGGACUAAACUUAUCACGUUCUGUUUAGCCUAAGAAUAUUACAAAUACAAAUCAAGGAAUAUUUCUUACACUUUCUUCCACUCAGAUAUAUCGACAUAUUUUGACGAAAAUGAAUAAAAAUUGACGAGAACAAAUAAUCUAUAGUCAAAAUCGAAUCUAACAAGACUUCUUUUUUAUUUGAUAGAGACAAAACAAAAACUAUACUAUUUUGUUUGUCCUUCAUGAAAGAAAUUUCUGAUAAUGGUCAUCACAUUCGGAAGUAAUUAUUUUCAUUACAAUUUAUUUUAAGCGACCAUCAACAUUAUAUUAUCAUAUAGGAAGGUAUAAAGAAGGCAGAGUGCAUAGCACGUUCCUUGAACAAUUAUACACACAUACAUCACAUUCUGUCUUCAAAAAUACAGUCUUUAGUCCUAGAACCAGUCUUUGCGAAUGUUUUGGGGGAUCUCCGAAGCUCUGCUACCUACAACAAAACACUGCCCAAAACACUGUGAGCCAUGGUUGUUUAUAAUGUCAAUGUGUAUUUAUAGAAGAAAUUCUCUAGAUCUACCUUUAAAAAAAAAAAGGAGAGAACGUUUGUUGUUUCCCUGUACGGGUGUUCCUGAUGGAUUGGAACCAUUCAUCAUUACUUACUUCAUGUAUGUAUAUAAAUGGAUUUACAGUUGAAAUGUUUAUUAAGAAAACCGUGUCCACGACACAGGCCAGUUUCGAAAUGUGCACAUAACUUUUAUGAUGAUUCAUGUACAGAUUGAAUAAAAACAAGUCAGUUAGAAUGGUGACUGGUUGUAAUUUUUGUUUUGUUUAUGUUUAGUUUUAUAUAUGAAGACCGUGAAAUAACCAUUUCCCUUAUACAUAUAGUUAAGGAUGUAACUUUUCAUAUUUCCUUCCCAUCAAUAUAAGAGUAUAACAGUAAUUCUAAGUUUACAUACUGUAAAUCAAAAUUUCAACUGAUGAAUCUUGCUGGAAAAAAAAACAGUGUCAAACAAUGUGUUCACAGUGUGUUUACAGUGUGUUCGCAGUGUGUUUACAGUGUGUUCGCAGUGUGUUCGCAGUGUGUUUACAGUGUGUUUACAGUGUGUUCGCAGUGUGCUCGCAUAGUGGACUAAUGGAAUAUGCGAUUCACAUUGCUAAAUUACUCGAUUUUAACAGCGUGAACAUAAUUUCACAUUGUUUUACGACGACAGUGUUAGUGUGUUAUCCUAUAGUUGACGAUGUAAAAAUGUGUCUCACAAUAUUUCAAUGUUCAAAACUAAUAGUGUGAAAUUAAUUUAAGAUUGUAUUUCGCACUGUGAACACACCACUGUGGGAACCUGUUUUUUCAGUAUGGCUCUCUUUUACGGGUUUUUAUAUGUUAAGAUAACAUAAGACUUGAAUGACAUACAAUCAUGACCAUUCCUUUCUUUGCAUGAUUUGAUAUUAUGUACGAUAUGUUUCGUUAAAAGUUUAUUUCAUUACUAAAAUUGAAAGCUAAUAAUGAAUGAAAGUAUAAACAUAAAUGUAGAAUUUCGCGCAAAUUUCAAUAUUAUGUCUAAAAUGAAUGGGUUCCUUUAAUGCUAUCUAUAUAUUUAAGUAUUUUCGAUAUCAUUUGCUGUCAUUUUAUUUUCAAUGAAUCUUUCAUCUACAUUGUAAAAUGAUUUGUUUUAUUUAAUUAUGUAAGAAAUUGAUUAAUUUCUCAUUCAUCAGCACGUUUCCAUAUUGCACUUCACUAUGCAAGAAUUUGCAAAAUAUUCAUCCAAAUUACACAUCCAAUUUACACUAAAAUAUUGUUAUAAUAACCUACCAUUAUGACAUUUUCGUGUCGCAUAAAAGGAGAUGUCAAAGGUAAAGAAUUGAUCCGUGAAGUAUUGCACAGUCGUGUAUUCAGUCUUACAUUGCGAUCGUAAAAUGCGUGUUCAACAUUGUACACUACUGUUAUAAUUGGUGAUGUAAAGAUUUUUGUUAUAAAAAUUACGUAGGAUAAUUUAUUUUCUUCUUUUAAAUUCAUUAAGACGGUGUAGAAUCGCACAUGAGUUUAAAGAGAUUGAUUUUCAUGACAACCCACUUUAUAUUAAAUCUAAUUUGUGUGAAAGACAAUAUACAUUAAAUUGAAUCGACUGUCUUUUUUUCACACGUGUGCUGUUUCAUCGUUUCAAAACAUUGCGAAGUAUAUAAACAAUUUGACAAAUAAUCAUGUCACAGAAGUAUCUGAAAAACAUUAUGUUACAUAAUAAUGCCCCUUCAGAAUCAUGUUUUGGCUUUACAAUUUGUAAAUAAUAAAUAAGGAUUAGGCUUGCCAGUCGUAAAUCAAGGCUCCCCGCCGAUGAUGUGCAAUUUAUAUAUAUUGUAAAAUGUAUUACGUGAUUACUAAUGGUUUAUUAUUUAUUAAAAGAGUGAGGAAAUCUAAA